AUGCCCCCAUUCAAAGAUGAGCAUAUCUUGAUAAUUGCUCCAGGUUCGCAAGUGACCCUGGCGCAAUUGGGUCUUCCUGAAUCGUUCACGCCCGCCCGAUUUCGCUUCCCUUCCCGCAUGUUCCCCGCCGAGAAGAAGGGCGAGUAUGAACCGUACAAGAUCCGCGAGCGCCGACACGAAGUCAAAGUCGGCAAUGGCGUCGACGCGCCCAAGGACGAUGUCGAGAUGAAGGAUGCGGAAUCCGCCGCACCCGAUGCUCCCGCGAAGACGGAGGCGGAGACAGACGCGCCUGAGAAACCCGACGGUGCUGAACAACAGGAGGGCAAGACUGAGUCUGAGCCUGCGGCGGGACAAGACGCCGAGGGAGAGACGAAGCCGGAAACCGCGCAGCAGAUUUACUACGAGGAGGAUAUCAUGUCGGAUGAGGGAGCUGUGUAUCCGCUCCGGAAUGGAAACAUUGUCGAUUGGCCGUGUUUCUUCGCCCUUCUUACGCAUAUUCACAACACGCUCAGUCCGCCGUUCCAUACGCCAAUCAUGCUCAUUGCUGAGCCUAUCUGGACGGCGCGCGAUCGAGAAGUGAUUACCCAGUUCGUGUUUGAGAAGUUCAAGACGCCUGCGUUUUGCCUGAUGGACUCUGCGCUGGCUAUCUGCUAUGGCUAUGGCACCUCCACGGCCACGGUGGUCGAUGUCGGGAAGGACAAGGUUGAUGUCACCGCCGUUACCGAUUUCCUCGUGAAUGAACAUGGAAGAGGAAACGCUCUCGAAGGAUGCGGUGGAGAUUACAUGACCGAUAGACUCUUGGAGUUGCUGGGCUCCAAGGGGUUCACGCGAGAGAUGUGUGAGCAGCUCAAGAGAAGCAACAUUACCGAGAUUCUACCCGUCGGGAUACCUCUUCCUGGCGCGGCUGCUACCGCCCGACAGAACCCCGGAAUGACCGGAAACCAAGGCGGUAAUGAUGCAGCUCCGAAGGGAUCGGGAGAAGGCACUCAGACCGGCCAAGAAGGAAGCAACGAAGACGAAGAUGAGGGGGUCCUAGAUGUCGCAGCCAUCGUGAGCGGCAACACGAGCGAGUUCUUGGCCAACAGGGAAAAGGAGAAGGGUGACAAAUCGACAACUAAGAAGGGGCAGGUUGAUCAAGCCGGAAAACCUCUUCGUCUUCCCAACUCCAAGAAAGAGAAGGCUACGUUCCAAUAUGAGGAGUUCGUGCAGAUUGAGCCGGAGCAUAACGUCGCCAGCGGUCCCGGGAAGUUCAUUCGUCAAACACGAGAUAUCGAGGUUGGAGUGGAACGAUUCUUGUCCGCAACUCCGAAACAGAAAACCGGAGAGCGGUUUUCAAGCGGUAUUUUGGAUGACAUCGCCACCCAGAUCCAUCACACUAUCCUCGCUGUGCCUGAUGCAAGCAAGCGAAGCGAGUUGUGGGACUCGCUGAUUGUCGUUGGCAAUGGCAGCAAGAUUAAGGGAUUCACGUCAUCUUUGCUUGGCGCCAUCACACAGAGAUUCAUUCUCUCCCCAUCUGCAACCAUCUUCACCUCCGAACUUCCCUCCAACUUUUCCACGCCACUUCCUACGGGGGGCACCAACACACCGGCACCCAGUGGGCAGCCUGGCCCAAUGCACCACCCUGCAGGCCACGGGGUCAACCCCCUGCUUGUCGCCGCAACCCACUCCAACAACCCCGCGGUCCCCACGAUGCCUCCCGGCACGCCUUCGAUGGACGCUGCCGCGAUCUCCCACUACCGUUCGACCGGUCACUCCCAGACCCCAACCUCAGUCAAGACGCUUAAACCGCCAGAGUAUUUCCCCGAAUGGAAGGAACAAAGCAACACCAACGCCCCUGGGGCCAGCGGCGCUGGCGGUAUGAACAACGCCCCCGCCGCUGCCGGCGGACCUGGCAACCAACCCUCGCUAAGCGGCGGACACGGAAUGGAGGAAGCAGUCUUCCUGGGCGCUCAAGUUGCUUCCAAGGUGGUCUUCGUUCUUGACCAAGGACUGAGCAAGGGCUUCAUGAGUCGAGUGGAGUAUAACGAGAACGGGCCAUCCGCGAUCCACGAGUACAUGAUGUGA